AUGUGCAUCCAUGCUUGCUAUCCAGAAAUCCCGUGGGUUGGCUGCCGGAUAGCCACACCAGGAGGUGGCACAGAGCCUGGUCCUUCUAAUGACACUGUGGCCAAAUCUGUGUUUCCUCCUUCUCCCAGCUUUAAGACCCCUGCCCUACUAGAGGGCCCCUGCCCUCGUUUCCGAGUAGCGUCUAUCCCCCUUGCAUUCCCUGCCUCCAUCUUCCUGCGCGUGCACUGGACUCUGCGGAGACUGGCACAUCGCCUCCAGGCGCCAACCAGAGAGGACAAAGCUGCUAUUGUCAUCCAGUGUGCCUUACGGCGACAUCUGGCGCGAAAGGAGAUGGCCCGUCGUUGGCAGGAGCGCCAGGAGUACCUGGAUGAGAUGGAGAAGCUGCAGAGAGCGGCCUACCUGGCCUUGGUGCGCCAGGAGCAGGAGGCAGCGCGGAAGCAGCGCGAGAAGGAGGAAGCAGAGGAGCGCGCACGGCGGGAGGAGCUGCAGCGCCGCCGUCGCCUGCUAGAGGCCGCCUUCGAAGGGGACCUGGGCGAGAUCCGCCAGGUGCUCAAGGAGGUGGAGCAGCUGAUGACCAAGGAAGGCGUGGGCUUCGACGAGGACGGCAAGGCUCGGCGGCUGCAGAGGCGCGUGGCCACUGUGGAGUGCGAGGACAGCCACGGGAACACGCCUCUAUCCGAGGCGGCGGCGGGCGGGCAGGUCCCGGCCAUCCAGUUGCUGGUGGAGCUGGGUGCCAACCCCAACAGCAAGGGCGCCUUCGACCGCACGCCACUCUACCGGGCAGCUUUUGGGGGCCACCUGGAAGCCGUGGAGGUGCUUCUGAAGAACGGAGCAGACCCCCGGGUGUACGCGGAUGACGGGAGCACUCCGGAGCAGGUGGCCUCACUGGCCGCGGUGGUCAGCGUGCUGCAGUCAUGGGACCUGAGCCUCACAGAGGCUAUGCUCCAAAACAUGGAGGCAGAGCAGCAACGCCGUGCUCAGGAGGCCCAAAGGCACAAGGAGAAGGAGGCCAAGCGCAUCACUGCCAAGGUGCAGCAGCUGGCUAAGGAGCAGCAGAAGUGUCAAAAGGAGCUCCAGCAGGCCUACUGUGAGCUCAAUCGGAGGAUCAUGGAGCACGACAAGUGUGAGCGGAAGGGCCUGGGCAAGACCGAACUCACACUAGAGGCCAUCAGGGAUGCAGAGACCCAAGUGGACAAGUUGCGGCUAGAGGCGCAGAAGGCUGAGGAGACACUGGCCAUGGCCAGGCUGGAGCUUCGGGAACAGGCCCCGGAGGACGAGGAGGUGACAGAACCUGGGUUGAAGUGCCGGAUCGCAGAACUUCAUGACGUGCUGAUGAAGGAUGUAGGCGACCGCGUCCGUGCUGAUGGACGGUGGCCUCUUGUCAUUGACCCUUCUGGACAGGCAGCCACUUUCUUGAGAUACCAGGACACCAACUAUAUAGACACCUUAAAUCCGGAGCACUUGAAACCAGAGAGGAUUCGGCUGGCCCUCCUGGGGGCACUCAGGUACGGGAAGCCACUGGUGUUUGACCUGCGUGAGGUGAACCUGUUCGAAGUGGUAAAGCAACAGCUGGAGGAAGUGCAGCCUGGCCUGGCAGAGGCUUUGUUGAAUCGUGGGCUGCUGGCAAAGGAAGGCUAUCUGUCACUGCUUCGGCCAACAGAUGGACCCGAGUACGACCCCUCCCAGUUCCAAGAGGCUCGCCUAGAGAACUUCCGCCUCUUCUUUGUCACCAAAGUUCAGUGGCCACCAGCUGACCAGUUGCAAAUCCUGCUCCCAGUGCGUGUACAGAUGCAAAGUGGAGGAUUCUAGCCAUACCCCAAUAAAGCAUGUGGCCAAGGCA